AUGGUCUGGGAUUCUCUCCACAAUAUAGCCCUGAUGUUAUGCCUAUCAUUCGUAAAACUAUUGUCGAAACCAGGAGAUUUCAACACCACCUUAGAGAACUCGGCGGUCUCAACGUGCGGUUCUGUUAUCGGAAUGGACAUAAGUCUCAAGAAGGUAUUAAUAGUGCCACAGAUGAAAUUAAGAAAAGGCUUCGGAAGCAGAUUUCGAAUGGGAGUUUUCAAGUUGGGUUCUUUGGCGAAAGAGAAUUUGAAGUCGUUGAAGCGGAAGAUAAGUGACCUUAAAGAGGGUGUGGAAAGCAGUGAAGAGAAUCAUCAGCUUGCUGAUCAUCAUUUGAAAACGCUUGCAGACAAGUUGUAUGGGUUAGAAAACGUUACUGGUAGUGAUUUUACCAUUCAGAAGAUUGGAAAGGCGCUUCAAACUAAGUUUAGGUCUCAGAUACAAGAGCCCAUCAACACUGCUAUCCAACAAGUUGAGUCAAUUUUGGGGGAGCUUGGUGGGAAUUUCCGUAACCUAAAAGCGGAAUAA